AUGUCAACUACUACUACUACUACUUCAACAACUUCAACUUCGACUUCAACUACAUCUUCUGAACCCUCAGGCAGUAGUAGUGGAGGAAGUAGACAGCAGCAGCAACAACAACAAAAACCAAGACAACCACAACAACAAAGAGAAAGAAAGCCAAGAGAACCAAAGGAACCUAGAGAACCUAAAGAACCUAAGGCUCCAAAGGAACCAAAGGAACCUAAAGCUCCAAAGGAACAACAAUCACAACCAAAAGAAAAUACUGGAAAUAGAAGACCAAGAAAUAAUAAUAAUAGAAGUAAGAAUGUAAAUAGUGAUGGUGGAGAUGUAAGUGCAACAUCCACAACUACAACGACAACAACAAAUAGUCAUCAUCAUCAUCAUGGACAUCAUCAUGGUCAUAAUCAUCAUAAGAAACAGCAACAACAACUACCAAAACAAAUGGGUGUUCCACCAGGAUUAUCUGCAAAGUUGGAAAAGUUGACUGUUGACAACACAUUGCACAAUGUCUUGAAGUUGAAUCGUUUCAAACAACAUGAAACUAUGUGUAUCCUUUGUUGUGAUCCAAUUGUAUUCUAUGCACGUGGUGAAUGCGAUCACUCUGAAGUAUGUUCACUCUGUAUCCUCAGACAAAGAGAGCUAUACAAAGAUAAUAAAUGUUGUAUUUGUAAGACCGAAAUGACUCAAGUCAUAUUUUCGACUGAAGACGACAAGAAGUUUGCUCAGUACGACAAGAAGGAACUGUCACUGAACAAGGCACUCGACAUCUACUUUGACAACCGUGAUUUCGAAGAGAGUAUCGUAUCACUUUGGCACUUUAGCUGCAGUCUUUGCGAUCACCAACCAUUUGAAAGUUUCAAAAAGUUGGAAAUACAUCUUCGUGGAUCUCAUAACAAAUGUUAUUGUGAGAUAUGUAUUGGUGAUAGAAAGGUAUUCUUACCGGAGCAUUAUUUAUAUGAACCAAAAUCGAUUCCACUGCAUCUUGCCGAGUGGAAUGGCGGUGCCGGUGAAGUGAAGAAGGGAAAGAAAGGUCAUCCAGUGUGUAAGUUCUGUGACCGUUAUUUCUAUGGUGACGACCAGCUAUAUGAGCAUCUCACUCAGAAUCACUUUACCUGCUUCCUCUGUGAGAAAGCCGGUGUUCUCUACCAGUACUUCAAGGACUACGCCAAGCUGCGCCACCAUUUCCACGAUGAGCACUACCUCUGCGACCACCCCGAGUGUGUCCAACAGAAAUACAUUGUAUUCCCCGAUGAGAUUGCGUUGAAACAACAUAAGAUCUCAACACAUCUCGACACCUCUGGUAUGUCCAAAGUCCAGAUCAGACAAGCCACUCAAAUCAACAUCAAUUUCACAUCGAGAAAUAGCGGUCAAUCGAAUGCAUCCGCAGCACAAUCAUCAACUGGAAAUAACAAUAGCAACAACAAUAGAAGAGAAGAGGAUAGCAGACCAACCACUACUACCACCUCUACCUCUACAAGUUCAACAGCCACCAACAACAACAACACUAACAAUAACAAUAGUAAUAUGUAUGAUUUAGAGAAAGAGUUCCCGUCGAUGCAAGCGUCAACAUCGACUACAACUACCAGCACAUCCAAUUCAAGUUAUCCAACUGCAAGCUCAGUUGUUGCCGGCAGAUUUGGUAUUUCUCUGCCAAAAGCAUUCAAUCCAAACUUUGUAAAACAAGAAAAACAAAAAGCAUUAACUCAAGAUGAAAUCGAUCAGAGAAAUAAAGAUUUGGUAGUCAAAAUUAAAGGAAUGAUUAAUGAAAAGCAAUAUUCUAUUUUUAAAGAUAUUUCACUGGAUUUCAAGAAUGGAAAGACAGCAGUCAACGAAUACUAUACACAGUUUAUCCAGUUGUUUGGAAAAGCCGGUGCCCACGAGAUUUUCGAUGAAUUGGUUGCACUGCUACCGGACCAAUCAAAGAGAGAGGAACUGAUGCAACUUCACAACUACAUGAAGCACGUCGAAGAGCAAUACCCAUCGCUCGAGACCAAACCUUCAUCAAAGAAAAACAAAAACAAACAGGAACCGGUCAACAUCUGGGCACACACAUCCAACCACACCAUGCAACAAGUGAAGCAAAAGCCAUCGGGUGAUGUUGUUUCCAACCCAUAUACAUUGGUUGCUCACUCAAAGAGCAGCUCUUCCUCUUCCUCCUCCUCAUCAAACUCUAUGGCAUCUAAAAUCCUGCAGAGCAGAGGAUCGGUUGCUAGCAACAGCUCUUCAAACAAACCAAGAAGCUAUAGAUCAUCGGAAGACUCUGACGAAGAGGAGUACCCAGCGUUGUUGGGUGCCGGUGUCAACAACUACUACCCAUCGGGCAGUACUUCCACCACAAACUUUUCAAAGAUUGCCAUUGAGGCAAGCAAACCACCCGCACCAACUGUCACACCAUUGAAAUCUCUUUCAAAACCAAAGGAAUCUGACUUCCCAUCACUGCCAAUGGCACCACCAAAACCAAAAGCAGCACCCAAAGAACAACCAAAGCCAGCAGCCGAACAAAACGCUGGUAACGGAGUUGUAGGUAAAAAGGGAAAGAAUAAAGUAGUUUAUAAGUUUUAA